AAGCGAGGGCUUCUGGGUCCACCAUCCCAAUGCCGUCGGGGAGAUUAGUUUAUCCUACAAUCCAAACCCCUAGAAGUAUAUGGUCAUGCAAUAUCACUCUGUGGAGAAUGGGUUCAGAUUACCCCUCCGUGGUUUGCUCCGCAACCUCUGCCGUCAUUUCGGAUUUGCUCCUGGUCAGUUGACUGCCAAUGCGCACAAGUAUGUCGCCUCCUACAUCUUGCGGUGCUGUGCUCUGGACAGAACCCCAACAUUGGACGAAUUCCUCAUCCUCUUCAUUAUUGGCGGGUCUUUUCCUUUUUACAGCCUGUAUCCCCAUUCUCAUGCCCCAAUUUUUGAGAGGUUCCAUCUCCGGACGAAGUUCGCUACGGCACACUCGGCGGAGGAAGUGUACAAUGUCUUGGGAGACAAAGGGGGUUUAAUUCCACAUCACUCCCUUCAAGACGCCAGGUUAUACCAGAAGGCGGAUUUUUACUAUCCCCUGGGCCUGACCCUGUUCCAUUUGAAGGGGGGGUCUUCUCUUGAAAGGUCAAAGGCUCCUCCCGCUUUGGAAUCCGGUCUAGCCGGGAGCUCCUCCGGGGUCCAAACCCUAGGUAACUUCACUGCUUUGGCCAUCCGCAAGCCGACUGUUUCCCUGGAGGCUGUCCCCAUUUCUGCUAUCCCUGGGCUGAGGAGGCCCACUCCGUCCCAGAAACGGCCACGAGAAAGGGUCACAGAUGAUGACUUCCUUCCCAAGAAGAGUAAGGGUGAUGGUACUCCUGCUUCGCCCAGCCCCCUGUCUACUUCUUUAGGUACUCAGAAUACCACCCUCGCUGCUGCACCCAGAGGUUUAGAGCUACCCCACCUGGAUAGCUUGGACCAUGAGGCAGAUGAACUUCCAGACCAAGCACCACUCAAAAAACCAGCGGCGCAGCCUCAGCAUGAGGCCUCCCAUUGGACCAUUCAAGCAAAUAUGGAGAAGAUGAAGGAGUCGUUAAAGGAGACCACAAUCCCUCAGGCUCGUCCCGACCUACUUGCUCUCAAUGCUCUUUACUCCAUGGAGCAGGCCCAACAAUCACUCCUCACCCUCACUGAGGAGUACCUGGGUGGAGCAUUAGGGAACUACCGGGCCGUGGUGGCCCUGAAGGAGAAGGAGUUGGCAGCGAGGGCUUUGCAACAGAAAGUUGAUUCUCUGGAGCAACAAGUUCAGGCCCUUCAAGAAGAGGAUGCCCGGCUUAAGGAAAAUGGCUCUAUGGAACUAGCAGCUGAAAGAUCCAGAGUCAAGUCCCUGCAAGAGCAAAUUGUUGCUUACCAAAGGGGGACUCAAGAUCUGGAAACGCAGUUCGACAGACUCCAGGCACAAAUCUCUACUCUGGAAUCAAAGGCUUCAGCUUCAGAAGACAAGGUGGGAAGUCUGAAAGCUGAGUUGGUUGAAAGGGAAUCCCGGAUUUCUGAGCUGGAGAGUUCCCUCCAGGAGGCCAAAGUUAUCUUUAUUGAUCUUACUAUUUCCAAUUCUUCUUCUGAUUCUUCUUCGUUGGCAUUCCCCUCACUUGGGGCCCCAACACCUGAACUCUCUUCUAGACCUUCUCUUGCCUCUGAACAAUCGGUGACUUCUCCCUUGCCCAUGGAGGAGAAUAACCCUCAUCUCCCCCCACAAGUAUCAUGGGAUGUUCUUCCGGGUCCCGGCGCGCUUCCUAACAGUGCUAGAACGGAAGUCUUUUCUGGAUGUCUUGGCACGUCUCGUCCACAGAAGAGACGCCAUCCCCACUCAGGAGCUUCCCGGUUGGUCUCUGGUGCAAGGCCUUCCUCCCAGGGUUCUCCUUCCCCUCAGCAGUCAUAUGGACAGCCACCUGAGGAGUGGGGGGACUAUGACAUGGGGGGAAAUAGGCUUCCGUUUAUACGCAGGGAAAAGGACGGAACCUUCCAGGAUCCACCUCCACCUUCCGUAUAAGAGGAAAUAGGCCUUGAGCCCUUCCCUCAUGCCUUAUCGUCCUCCUUGUCCGUCUUCAUGGGAGUGACUAGAUAGUGCCCACGGGGGGAACGGCUUUCAAUCCCAACCCGUUGGUACAAUUUUGCCUCUUUUGAAUGUCAUCAAGAGAGAACGGUGGGCCCUCUCCACACCUUCCCGCUCUGGGGUAUUUU